GAAAAAAAGAAGAAAAGUAGUGAGGAGACCCAGGUACAAGAGUCUGAUGAUGUUUUCCUCCCUCCUGUGGCAGAUGUGUCUUCUCAAGCCAAUAAAGUGCAAGUGGAACAUCCUGGAGAAUUUACAGAAAUUCAUCUCAGUGGGGAAGCAGAGGAUGGAAAACCCAGAAGUGAUGUGUUUGACAUCCCCCAGAGUAAUUUAUCUUCAGCAUAUGAAGGGUCUUUGACAGCAACUCUGGAGCCUCCCACAGGUGCAGAAGAGCUCAGAGCCUAUCCUUCCCAUAAGGAAUGUGGGGAAGAUGUUGAGAAGAGUGGAAAAAGCAAAUUGGACAAACCUCACAGCUCUGUGGAGGUGGUUGCUAACAGAUCAGGAAACUCUGAUGUGUUGAGUAGUACCUUUCAUUCCAGUGCUGCUGGCUUGCAGGCAGUAGCGGGCUUUGUACAAGAUAAAGGACCUGAAAAUGUACAAAAAGUUAAAAAUCCUCUUGUCUGUUCUUCAGAGAAGCUCCCUCUUAGUAUCUCACAGCUCUCUGAGAAAUCCAAAGCACGUGUUUCGCGGCCAGUAUUCAAACCAGUUUAUCCAGACUUGUCAGCUGAACUGUCUUACGAGAGACCAACCAUAAUAGCAGUUAAGCCACUGUUGCACAAUGAAAGGCUCUAUCCAGAGCUGCCUACCGAGCCAGAGCUGGUGGCAUUUACCAGGGAACAGCUCAAAAUCUUUGAGCCAUGUUCAUGGCUGGAGAACGUUGAUUCCUACACGGAGGAAUUUGAAAGCGUUGCUCAUCAGGACAGGCACGAGUUCUAUGAACUGCUCCUGAACUACAUGCGUUGCAGGAAGCAGCUGUUGCUGGCUGAGGCAGAGCUCCAGGCUAUGGCUACAGACUGCCAAAACGUUAAGGGGAGAUUAUGGACUUUUACAGAAGAACAGAAAACUGUGCAGGGUGUCUGUGCAGAUCAGUGCAAAGUGACGGGUCACCAUCGCUACCAGACAGUGGAGCUGAAUGACAGUGCGUUGGGGGAACUGAAAAGGCUGUUGGAAGCCAAAGCAGAGCACGUGCAUCAGACACUGGCACUGCACUCAUACACUUCGGUGUUGUCCCGGUUGCAGGUGGAGUCGUAUGUCUACAGGUUGCUCAGCAGCUCAUCCCUCCUGAGAUCAGUGGCUCUUCAGCAACAGGAACAAGUUUCAAAGCAGUCAGAAAAUCUAUCUUCAGACUUGGGCCACUUGAAGGAGUGUAUCAGCGUCCUUUUCAGUUUUACUCGCAGAGUUAUUGAAGAUCCUCAGUUCCAGAGUGACCUUCUCAUGUGGCUGCAGAGACUGGUGUCUGUGUUACAAAGAAUUGGCUGUCCAGGUGACCACCUCUUCCUUUUCAACCACAUCCUUCGGUGUCCAGCUGGGAUCAGUGAAUGGGCUUGUCCAUUCAUUCAGAUCAAAGUCUUGGAUAACCCAUCAGGUGUCUUUCAUUUCAUGCAGUCUCUCGCCUUGCUUAUGUCUCCUGUCAAAAAUCGGGUGGACUUUGUGUGCCAUAUGAAACCAACUGAAAGGAAAAGUUCCUCUUCAUCUGGGAAAGAAUCUGGGAACUGGACUCUGGUAGAUGAAGGAGGAGAAGAGGAUGAGGAUCCUGAAACAAGCUGGAUUCUGCUUUUGGAAGAUGACUUGAUUGCCCUGUUGUCACAGUUUCCAUUUCAUGAACUCUUUCAGCAGUUCCUUGGGUUUAAAUCUGGAGGUGCUUAUUUUCCUGAAAAAACAACUCCCCAGGAGAUGAUGAAGAUUUUUGCAUUUGCAAAUUCCUUAGUGGAGCUUCUGUCUGCGGGGUUGGAAACAUUUAACAGAGCACGGUACCGACAGUUUGUGAAGCGAAUUGGUCAGCUGAUCAAGAUGACACUUUGUCAUGUGAGUGACCACUGGGCCCAAUAUGUUAGCAGCAAUAAACAAUAUGGAUCAGUAGCACACCCCUACUCUGUGGAAAAAUUGCAGCUGGAGUUUGAUGAACUGUUUUUCAGAGCUGUUCUACAUGUUCUGAAGGCAAAAAGAUUGGGAGUCUGGUUGUUCAUGUCCGAGAUGCCUUAUGGAACCUUAUCCAGCAGUAUGCUUUGGAGGCUCUUCUUUGUAAUGCACUGUGCAGAGAGUGAGAACCUGGAAAACCUCUGCUCUACUUUGCAACCUGCUGACUGCAAGCAAAGACUCAAAGACCCAAAGCACCUUGAAAAUUUUGAAAAGUAUCUCAAAACAAUGAACUGUUCAGAAGAAAUUUGUCUGCUCACCACAUUUGCUCAGAUGGCACAAACCAAACGGGCUGAUGUUGAUGAGGAUUUUAUCAAGAUAAUUGUUCUGGAGAUAUAUGAGGUCUCUUAUGUUAGUCUUUCUACAAGAGAGACAUUUUCAAAAGUUGGUCGAGAACUCCUGGGAGCAGUUGCCAGCAUCCAUACACAGAUUGUUUCUGUACUCUUGGAUCGGAUUAGAGAGACCAUUGAGACAGUUGGGAUGGUUUCUUUAUACCUGUUUAAAGAACUGCCGCUGUACCUGUGGAAGCCUUCUUCAUCUGAGAUAGCCCUGAUUCGUGACUGGUUAUUAAAUUACAGUCUAACAACUGUGGAGAAUAAACUAGCCUGCAUCAUCUUGGAAGGGCUAAACUGGGGAUUCAGUGAGCAACAGGAUGCUCUUCAUCUGGAUCCAGCUGUCCAUUUUGAAGUUGCUUUGAUGGUCCUGGAAGCGUAUCAGAAAUAUCUCUCCCAGAAACCAUAUGCUGGACUACUUUCUGAAAGCAUAAAACAGGUCUCCUACUUAGCCAGCAUUGUUAGAUACGGAGAAACACCAGAGACUUCUUUUAAUCAGUGGGCAUGGGGUUUGAUUUUGAGGUUAAAGCUUCAUAGAAAUGACCAUGGCGUGCAGCAUGGCUGGCCUGCAGUCCCUGUGUCUGACAAUGUGCUAGACAUGACAGAGUCGGUCACACUUCACCCUCUCCUGAAGGCUGUCAAAGCCAACAUCCCUAUUGGCUGUUACUUGGCGCUGGCAAUGACCACGCUGGGUCACAG